AUGAGGUUCGUGCUUGUGCUGAUGAGUGAAGAUGGACUCCAUAGAAGGUUGCAAGCAGAGAAGCUUCUUGUGCUGUGGCGCGCACAACAGGUUGUUCUCGCCGCGUCGAUAUGCACCCGCGGGGGCAAGGCAGUCCUCUCACGUCAAUUUCGCGAGAUUGCCCGCUCCAGAAUCGAAGCCUUGCUCGCAUCGUUCCCUAAGCUGGCUGAUUCCGGAACGCAGCACACUACUGUUGAACAAGACAAUGUCCGCUUUGUGUACCAGCCUCUCGACGAGCUAUACAUCGUUCUCAUUACAAACCGCCAAUCGAACAUCCUUCAGGAUAUCGAUAGUCUUCACCUUUUUGCUCAGGUGACCACAAGCAUCUGCAAAAGCUUGGACGAGCGAGAAAUUGUUCGCAAUGCUUUUGAAUUGCUCAGCGCUUUUGACGAGAUAGUGACACUUGGUUACCGGGAGAAUCUGUCGCUUUCCCAGAUCAAGACAUUUUUGGAAAUGGAAAGUCACGAAGAGAGAAUACAGGAGAUUAUUGAAAGGAACAAAGAGCUUGAGGCUAGCGAGGAGCGCAAAAGGAAGGCGAAACAACUGGAGAUGCAACGCAAAGAGGCGGCUCGUAGUGGUCGUGCCAUGGCUCCUAGGACUCCAACUUAUCCUGUCUACACUCCUCCGUCUCGUCCUGCGGUUCCCGACACGUACGACUCAUACGAAGCAGAGAAGAAGAAGACAUUUGCUAAACCACUGCCCACACGCGGAAAAGGAAUGCAGCUUGGCAAAAAAUCUAAAGCUACAGAUAUCUACGAGAAAGUUCGAGGUGAUUUAGGCCCUGAAGCGGAGGAAUCGAGUCCUUUGGUGACCCCUCAAAUCUCAACCCCUGUGGAGCAAGCAUCUUCCGCUCGUGCCUCUCUGUCUGCCGAUCGAGAGCCUAUCCACAUUACUAUCGCCGAGACAAUCUCCGCCAAACUUACCCGUGAAGGUGCUUUGAAGUCGUUUGAAGUUAAGGGUGACCUCCAACUUCGUAUCUCCGAUCCUUCUUUCACAAAGCUGAAGUUGGACUUGCUGGCCAACCCAACGCAUGGCGCGCAGUUCCGUACCCAUCCAAAUGUUGACAAAGCCGUCUUCACCAACACCUCGGUCAUCCAAUUGAAGGACACAACCAAGCGUUUCCCAGCCAACAACUCAAUCGGUGUCCUUCGGUGGCGCGUUGCUAGCUCAGGAUCAGAUAAUGCUGACAUCCUCCCCAUCACAUUCACGGUGUGGGUGAAUAAGGAUUCUAACUCUACUACUGUCACUGUGGAGUAUGAGCUCACAGGUUCUGAUACCUUGAGGGAUGUCGUCGUCACGAUACCAUUUGGAGCCACAGAGCCGAUCGUAUCAAGCUUCGAUGCUGUGUACGAGGUUUCUGGAGAUAGCCUGGACUGGAACAUUGGCACCGUGGAUGAGACGAACGCUUCCGGUAGCUUUGAAUUUGAAUCAGCUGGUGAGGGUGACGAGAAUGAGUUCUUCCCGAUGAAUGUGCGCUUCUCUAAGGCUACUCCCUUUGUCGAGGUCGAUGUGACCGACGUCUCGCUGCUCGAGGAAGGGGAGAGCACUGGAUUCUCAAAGGACGUGAGAAGCAUUGCAGAGGGCUACGUUAUCGAAUAA